GUGAAUGUGGUCAUUUAGAGUGACAUCCGGCGGAAAUAAAUAAAAACAAACUGUCUCUGUAUGAGUGUAACUAAACUACCAGUAAAGAUUUGCUUUUCAGCACACUAACUAAAUAGAAAAAUGUAAAACAACUUGUCAACAACAGAUUUGUUGAUAAAAACAAACUCUAGAAAAUAAAUUUUCUAACAUUCUUUCUACAUACAUAUAACUCUGGCAACUUAUGCAUAUAUCAACAAAACCAACCAACAGUAACGCACCAACAACUGCCAGCAACAUUAUAAAAACAAACAAUUAGACCAUAAAACAACAUCAACUAACACUACCAAAACAUCUAACAACAACAUCAAAAGCUUAAAUAGGAAACUACUCAAACAAACAUGUUAAUGAAACCACUGUCCUUUAACUAUUGGCUAAUUUUUAAUUUGAAGUCCAAACUACUAACAAUGACCCUGCUGCUAAAGACAAGUUUAAAACAAAAACAUUAUUUUAAUAUUUAUCUCAAUAAAAUUGUCUACUGUCUACGUUUGUCAUUGUUCGCUGUCUAUGCCUUGAUGUGGUUAGGUCUUUUUGAUAGCGCCACCAAAUUUACCGAAGCAGCUCCUCAUAUACGUUUAACACAACGCAACAAUCAUGCCAACAUUUCGGAGUUAUUGGAUAAUCUUUUACGUGGUUAUGACAACAGCAUACGACCAGGUUUUGGAGGACCACCUGCUACCGUAGAGGUAGAUAUAAUGGUGCGCAGUAUGGGACCUAUUUCGGAAGUUGAUAUGACUUAUUCGAUGGAUUGUUAUUUUCGUCAAUCAUGGGUGGAUAAACGUUUGGCUUUCAAGGGUGCCCAAGAUACAUUGGCAUUAAGUGUUUCAAUGUUGGCACGUAUUUGGAAACCAGAUACAUAUUUCUACAAUGGCAAACAAAGUUAUUUGCAUACGAUAACAACACCAAAUAAAUUCGUUAGAAUCUAUCAGAAUGGUAGGGUGUUGUAUUCAAGUAGGCUCACCAUUAAAGCUGGCUGUCCCAUGAACUUGGAAGAUUUUCCCAUGGACAUACAGAAAUGUCCUUUAAAAUUUGGCUCCUUUGGUUAUACCACUGCCGAUGUUAUCUAUCGCUGGAAUAAAGAACGACCAGCUGUGGCCAUAGCUGAGGAUAUGAAAUUGUCACAAUUUGAUUUGGUCGAUUGUCCGGCUGGUAAUAUAACGGAUGUUGUUUACAAAGCAGCCGCACCCAAUUACCAAAAUGUCAUUGAUGAAAACAACUAUAAGCGUAGACAACAACAAUUACAACAGCAGCAACAACAACAACAGCAUCAACAUUCCCUACAACAGCCAUACCUACAACAGCAGCAGCCUCAACAACAUCAACAGGAUGCUACAAAAAAUAGUAAAAUUUUAACAACAUUUGCUGGACCGGCAGCAAAAAAUCAACAUGUACGCGGUACUGGCAUACAACUGGAUAAGACAGCUGCCUUUGAUAAGCAUGGUCAGAGUAUACGUUUGGAAACGUCACAGACUUCCGAAUACUCCAUGUUGAUGGUGAACUUCCAUUUACAACGUCACAUGGGCAACUUUUUGAUACAAGUCUAUGGUCCUUGCUGUCUUCUAGUGGUCUUAUCAUGGGUCUCUUUCUGGUUGAAUCGUGAGGCUACCGCUGAUCGUGUUUCUCUGGGCAUAACCACCGUUUUGACCAUGACUUUCUUGGGUCUGGAGGCCCGCACCGAUCUACCCAAGGUGCCCUAUCCUACAGCUUUGGACUUUUUUGUUUUCCUCUCUUUUGCCUUCAUCUUCGCCACCAUUUUACAAUUCGCUGUGGUUCACUAUUUCACCAAAUAUGGAUCGGGCGAAUGCUACUUUAUCAUCGAAGAAAUGGAAUCGGAUACAGAAUCGGAAAUGUUGGAAAGUCAAACGGGUAAUAGAAGUGAUAUGGAAUCGGAAUUUGCCACUAGUACAGAAUCGAAAAUCUAUGAGGUUAUUCCCUUGUCCAUGUGUUCCAUCAAUAUACCGCAACGUCGGGAAUCGUCGAGAAGAAAACGUAGACGUUCGGAGGAGCGUAAGUUCAAGGGAAAAUGGGGUUUUUGGCGUAAUCUGGCUGAAUGUUUAAAUUGGCCCUGUUGGAAGAGUAGCCAAGGGAGGAGGCAUAAAGCUCGAUUUGAUAUUUCCGAGGAUGAAGAUGAUGAGGAACAGCACUUGAGAUCAAAUGAAGAUUCUACACCCCGCAAACUUUCGGGACGUCGUCGCAUGUCCUAUUAUCGCCGUGAAGAACUAGAAGCUCGCCGCAAGGGCAAACGCACACCCCAAUAUAAUUCGGUCUCAAAAAUAGAUCGCGCCUCGCGUAUUGUCUUUCCCAUUUUAUUCAUUGUCAUUAAUGUUUUCUAUUGGUAUGGUUAUCUAUCGCGCAGUUCACGCAUUUUGGCCCACAGUAAUACGACCACCUGAUGUUAUCUUUUAGCAAUUUAGGUGUUUAAAUUAAAGAAAUCUUGGCAAAUUUACAAUUAAGGCAGAUGGGGUUUUGAGAGGAAAAAUCGGGUCAAUGGAUUAUGGGAUCAAAGUUGUUCAACUUAUUUACUUUAUGCUGCUACUGCUUUAAUCUUUACUGCUAUGAAAUAUGAUUUCUUUAAACUAAAUUGCUAAUUUACCGAAAUACAACUACAAACACACAAUCAUCAACAGUUCAAAUUUAAGUUAAAAAAAAGCUUUCGGAAAAAGCUUUAAAUAUUUUAAAAGAUAAUAAACUCAUUAAGCUAUAAUUUAGUUAAAAAACUAUUAUUUAAGUUAAAGCUUUUGCAAAAUUUAAAAUUAGUUAAUUUAUUAUUUCAAUUAAUAAAGCUUUACAAAAAAGCUUUUCAAACAUUAAAUUCUAUUCUAUUAUAAUAAAAAUAUGUUAAAUGUAAGUUUUGAAAUAUGUUAUAAACAUUACCAAAAUCUUUAGGUUUGAAAUUAAGAAAAUUCCUUACCAGAAGCUUAAAAGCUUUUGUUUAUAAAAUUGCCAUAAGGUAUAUGGGGAAAGCUUUAGUUUGCAAUAUAGGUAAAUUAUGUUAAAAUAAUCAGUUAAAACAAAUAUUCUUUGAAUUUAUGUUGAAUUAAUAAAAGCUCUAAUGAAAGCUUAAGUUAGCUUAAAGCUUUUUAAAGAAAAACUUAGUAAACUCUAUCAUAGUUAAUUUUUAACAAACAUAUUUUAAAUUUAAGUUAAGGGAAAAAGCUCUAUAAAAAGCUUUUGCAAAAAUUAAGGCAAGUAAAUGUUAAUUUUUAAAUAAAGUUAAUGUUAAACCAUAAUUUUAGACCAUAAAGUUAAAAAUUAUUGAAAUCAAAGCAAUAAUCAAAAGCUUUCACAAAAGCUCUUGCUAUUUAAGCAAUAAACUUAAAGCUUAACAGAAAACAAAAGCUAGGUUUAAAAAUUGUGUAGUUCAAGCUGUUGCUUAAAAUUAAAGCAAUAAACUUAAUGCUUUAGUAAAAGCAAAAAGCUCAUGAUAUAAAAUCAAUUAACUUAAAGCUUUAAUGAAGUCAAAAGCUUUUGAAAUCAAAGCUAUAAACUUAAAGCUUUCACUAAAGCAAAAGCUCUUGAUUCUAAAACAAUAAUAAUGAAGUCAAAAGCUCUAGAAAUCAACACAAUAAAAAAAGCUCUUGCAGUCAAAGUAACAAAUUACAAACUAUAUAUUAAAAGAGCUUUAAAUUAAUCUUAUGUUAUUUAAGUAAAAACUUUAAUUUGUAGGCAAAAAUGUUCUAAAGUUAUGUAAAAGUGUUAUUAGAAAGUUUAAAAGGAGAAGCUUUCAUUUUAAAUUAAAAGCUUUCUAAGUUUUAAAACGAAAAACAU